AUGUGUGGAUUUCUAGGUGGUUCUUCCUCUUUUACCUGUCACAAUGCCUUUUUUUUUCUUAUUUAUUUGCAGGCUGCUGAGAUUGACCCCCCAGAGUCCACCCCUGGCCCUCCAUUUCCUGUCUUCACACGGCAGGAAGUGGCUCGCCACCACAGCGAGGGUGACCGAGUGUGGGUGACCUACGGUAGCGAUGUGUUCGAUGUUACAGAUUUCUUAGAGUUGCAUCCUGGGGGGAAAAGCAAGAUCCUCCUGGCAGCUGGAGGUGCUCUGGAACCUUUUUGGGCUCUCUAUGCUAUGCAUAAACAGGAACACGUGCUGGAGCUUCUUCAAGGGUACAAAGUGGGGGAGCUGAGUCCAGAGGAGCCUCCCCUGCCAACCCCAGGAGAUCCUUACGGGGGGGACCCUCCGCGACACCCUGGCCUUAAAGUCAACACUUUAAAGCCCUUCAAUGCAGAACCUCCUUCAGAGCUGCUUGCUGAGAACUUUCUGACUCCCAACCCACUCUUCUUCAAACGCAACCACCUUCCGGUCCCAACAGUGGACCCUGCUACCUACCGGCUGUAUGUACAGGGUAUCCGUGGCCGUGCGCUUUCUCUUUCUCUGCAGGACUUGAAAAGCAAGUUUCCUAAGCACAAAGUGACUGCCACAGUGCAGUGUGCUGGCAAUCGCCGUGCAGAGAUGAAUGCUCUCCGGAACACCAACCGGCUAGGUUGGAACAUUGGGGCUAUCAGCACGGCGUGCUGGAGUGGCGUCCGCCUUCGGGAUGUCCUGGUGCAUGCUGGGUACAAGCAAGGUGAUGACGGCCAUGUCAGCUUUGAAGGCCUGGACAAAGAUCAGAAUGGCACUGUUUACGGCGCCUCCAUCCCUUUUGAGAAAGCGAUGGACCCCAAAGGGGAUGUCCUCCUGGCUUAUGAGAUGAAUGGAGAGGAGUUGCCGCGCGAUCAUGGGUUCCCUCUCCGAGUAGUCGUGCCAGGUAUUGUGGGCGCUCGAAAUGUCAAGUGGCUGGCCCGAAUUUCAGUGGGUCCAGAGGAAAGCCAGAGUCACUGGCAGCAGAAGGAUUAUAAAGGAUUCUCUCCCGCCGUGACUUGGGACAACGUGGACUUUUCCAAGGCCCCUGCCAUUCAAGAGAUGCCAGUCCAGUCAGCCAUCACUGAGCCUUCCCCUAACGCCCUUGUGCCCCCUGGAGAACUCACAGUGAAAGGCUACGCAUGGAGUGGAGGUGGGCGAGGUGUUAUCCGUGUGGAUGUCUCGCUGGACGGCGGGAAGAGCUGGCACGAGGCAAAGCUAACCGGGGAGGCACAGUCACCUGGCCGAGCCUGGGCGUGGAAGCUGUGGCAGCUGAAGGCCUGUGUGCCUCCCGGUACCAAGGAGCUGAACAUUGUCUGUAAGGCUGUGGACACCAGCUACAACGAGCAACCCGACUCAGUGGGACCCAUCUGGAACAUUUUGGGAGUGCUCAACAAUGCGUGGCAUCGGGUGCACGUCUCUGUUGGGGAGGACUAAGGGGGGGAUCAGCUCUGGAUUGUUUUCCUUCGGCUAUCAAGGUCCCUUAAACAGGCACAGAACAUGAGUGGAGGUCUUCAGUGGGGUCUUAGGAUCCCAGUGCCUCCUUUCUUGCUACGCAUUGGCUUCAGCUUACCACAGUAGCAAUCCGCCAUCUUUGGACUGCUUCUAAAGGCGUAUGGUGGGCUCAGAGGGUCGCCUUGCAACUUAACUGCAAUAGGUAUCCCUACUUGUCUCGGAAAUUUCACAGUGGCCUUUUUUCGCGACGUCAAGAAGUCUUUCUAAUAGCAUAUUGGAACUGCUUGUUGGAUGCACUUUCAAUUUAGGAUUCUGUUUUGGGAGGGUUUUGCAUUGUGUUUUUCAUUCUGCAUUGCUGUAUUGUCACAUAGUGAGGCUGCUAAAAAUAUGAAUGUUCAUUUCCCCAUAACACUGGCAAGUUUCUCCCUGUCCACACUUUCCCCCCUUCUGAAAGGGGUUUGAGUUCUCAGCUACCUUCGUGAUGCCAAGUUCCAUAUAGGGCAAGGUGUGCCUAUGAUCCUCCCUAUAAGGGAGGAUUUUAUUCUGGAGCUGCAGUGGAGAAACUGUACAAAUUCUCCCUUUUCCCACACAGUGCAACUUUAUGCAAAGUUACCUCAGUCUAAACCCACCGAUUUGUUGGUUCAGACUGGAUUUAACUACAUAGGAUUAUCCUACAAGUCUGGCCAGUGUCUGUGUAUGCUCCCAUUCCAGUUAUGGAAGACUCUUUCACUACCUCUAUCCUAUGCCCUUUAGGGAAACUUCUGGUGCCUUGAAAGAACACUGUGCCUUCCUUGUCUACUGGAUCGUAUGCUCCAUCUUGGGUCAGAUUGUGCUUUCUCAUGGUUACAGUAUUUCCUGCCAUUCUCACUGCUCAGCAGCCACAUGUACCGGAUGCAAAAGGCAGAGCACCUAUACAUUUUAAAGACAGAAUCUGGCAGCAACUCUUAAAGAGACAGGGUAUCCAUUCCAGCCUUUGCAUACAGAAUGGUGGUGGCAGUUAACUUCAGGAAGGCUGCUCCAAAGGAAAUGUAUUGGUUGGGUCUAGUCCUUGGUAGGAUUUCAAAUGCUGUUCAGAGCAGCUUCUAAUCUUGUAUGGAUGCUGUUCCAGGACGCUGAGGCAUGUGGAGCAGGAGGCUGGGGGCGGGAGGAUGACCCCUGUUUUUGUUUCCUCAAACAUUACCCCCAUGCAACUCAACCUGCUGCUCAUUACUAUCUGGGGAGCUUAAAUUUUGUUUCCAGACCAUGUUGGAAUCUGCUUUGUCUUGAACACUUUGCUUUCUUAAUGCCUGCCUGCUCCCGACCAUUUCGGUAAUGUACCUUCUUUCUCUAGUUUCAAGGAUUUGCUUUUUGGCUCAUUGACAUGCUCCCUUUCUAUCUUCCCA